AUGAAUACAUGGGGCAUCGUGAACUCAUACGGCGUCUUUCAACCCUACUACACCACUACCCUCUCACGUCCACCAUCCGAUAUCGCCUGGAUCGGCUCCUUCGAGGUGUUUCUCCUCUUCUUCAUCGGCGCAUUCACCGGCCGGCUCACUGACGCUGGCUACUUUCGGCCCCUGUUCAUCGCGGGCUUCAUCCUUGUAGUCUUAGGGAUGGUCACGACCUCUUUCUGCACACAGUACUGGCAGUUCUUCCUCGCGCAGGGUAUCUGCAUGGGCCUCGGCAAUGGCUUUCUUUUCUGCCCUAGUCUCUCCACGGCAUCGACCUACUUUGACAAGAAGAAGGCCCUUGCCCUAGGAUUUGUGUCGAUUGGUAGCUCGACCGGUGGUAUGAUUUAUCCUAGCAUGGUGAGGCAGCUGCUUCCCAAAAUCGGCUUUGGGUGGACUAUUCGGGCGAUCGCGCUGGUGCAAAUGGUGACGUUGCUCGUCACGUCACUCAUCUUGAAACCUAGAAUCAAGCCGAGGAAGGCUGGGAGUCUGGUCGAGUGGGCGGCCUUCAAGGAGUUGGAGUACUCUUUCUAUGCCCUUGGGUCAUGGCUGAACUACCUCGGCGUUUUCUUCGCAUCAUAUUACAUCGCCUCGUACUCCCGCGACAUCGUCGGACUGAGUUACACAUCCUCGCUCAACCUCCUACUCCUCCUCAACGGCACCGGCGUGCCCGGGCGCCUCAUCCCAGCCUACUUCGCAUCCUACUACAUCGGCACGGUCAACAUGUUCAUCCCCAUGUCGUUCAUCUCCGGCAUCAUGAUGCUCUGCUGGCCGGCCGUGUCCUCCGUCACGGGGCUCUACGUCUGGACGACCUUCUACGGCUUCUUCACGGGGGCGAUCCAGAGUCUCAUGCCCUCCGGCAUCGGCACGCUGACGGCGGACCCGAGGAAGCAGGGGACGCGGAUGGGCAUGACCUUCACGCUCAUCUCGUUUGCGGUGCUCAUCGGACAGCCCAUCGCGGGCGCCAUCAUCUCGGCUGAGGGUGGCAAGUACACGGGGGCGCAGGCGUACGCGGGGACGUGUAUGUUGGCUGGAAUGUGUUUCCUCAUCGCGGCGAGGAUGGCGAGGGCGAGGAAGCAUGGGAAGUGGUUGUGGAUCAAGGUUUGA